AUGGACACAAAAGAUUCUUUUCAAGAAAAAAAGGUUUGCAUUUCAUUUACAGGUGGUAAAGAUAGUACUUUAACUCUACAUUUAUUAUCAUUACAACCAAACUAUAACAUAACAUCACUGAUCACCUUUGCACCAUCUAAAACUAACUCUUCAACACCACGUUUUUUAUCACAUCCACAAGAUUUGAUUCAAUUGCAAUCUCAAUGUUUAUCUAUUCCUCAUAAAUUUAUUGAAAUUUCUGCUCCAUUUCUAGAAUCAUAUCGUAAACAAAUAUCUUUAUUAAAUGUUGAUUAUUUGGCCACUGGUGAUAUUUUAGAUGUGUGUGAUGGAUUCAUGGAGAAAGCUGUUAAAGAAACUGGUGUGGAAUUGUUAAGACCAUUAUGGUGCAAGGACAGAAAAGAAAUUUUGGAAAAGAUUUUUGAAUUAAAUUUUGAAAUUUUGGUAACUUGCGUGAAUUUAGAAAAAUUACGAAAAUCAAUUGUCACUCUUAAAAUUUCCAAUAACAAUAAUAAUAUUGAUGAUGAUGUAGAAAAAAUUGGUGGGAUGUUAGUAGGUAAAGUAUUAAAUAGAGAUUUAUAUCAAACAGUUUUGAAAAAAUUUAGUGAUGAAUAUGGAAUGGAUGAAUGUGGUGAAUAUGGGGACUUCCACACAAUGACACUUGAUGCCCCGUUAUUUAAAAAACAUAUCAUCAUCAAAAAUGCUCAUAAGAAAUUAUCUGACUGUGGAAAUUUUUUGUAUUAUUUGAUUGAAGAUUGUGAAAUUGUUGAUAAAAUUUUUAAAGAUAAAAAGAUACUUUAA